UCAGAGCACAGAGAGAGAGCAGUAAGGGAGUGUGCGGCACACGAAUGUGCUGUGCUGCUAUCAGCCGAUAGAAGCUUGACAGGCGACCAGAGGGGGACACAGAUACUGAUAGAGCGGGAGAGAGACUCUUCCUACGUCGGUGCUGGAACAGAUGGGCGCGACAUUCGUCCACUAACCGGUUACCGUAUAUUCCACGGAGGCAGACAACACAGCUAUCCAAUGCUGGCGGAAUUUAGCUGACCACAGUUGGACACGCAAUAUCCACCGUAGGCACCAUGAUCCCUCGUAAUAUGCGAACAGGUGGGAUGGACCUGCCAGGGGUGGAGUCAAGGGAUGUACCCCUUAUUGGCUACCGGCCUUUAGCGCCUGACGAUAUUCCCCUCAGCAGCCAAUCAGGACAAGUGACUGACAGUACUGGACUGGACUCCUCUGAGGUGGAGGCUUCGCCCAUGAAGACUACUUGGUACUGUCCUCUGGACUUGUCUACUGUGUUGGAGGAGGAAGAGGACGGAGUGAUAUAUCAUGUAGUGGUGAAGCAACAGCAUGGUGCCCCCACCAGUGCAUCAUCCAGCUCUCGUUCGCAGUGUGUGAAAGCAGGAACAGAGGAGAAGCUGGUGCAGCACCUCCUCCACUCCUUCUCCAUGGGAGACUCCUCCUUCAUCACCAUCUUCCUCUCCACCUAUCGCUCCUUUACCUCCACCAAGAGAGUGCUGGACAUCCUCAUUGACAGAUUGCAACAUCCACCAGGAGAAAGUACAAGGAGUCAGACUAGGCAACCUUUCAACAGAGCGGUGUGUAUGGUGUUCAGUAUGUGGCUGUCGGAGUAUCCUGAGGACUUCCGCUCUCUGGGAGAGCCUGGUCUUCUGCUGCGCCUGGCCCCCCUGCUGCCCUCCGAACCCUCUGGGAUAGAGAUCAGGGGUCGCCUCCUCAGAAUUGCACAGGAGCUCAGUGAACAGGCCCUACUGCCUGACUCCAGUUCAGAUAGGACCACCGCCAGCCCUCCUGCUGACCCCACUAAGUUUGAUCCCACCAAUAUCCUGGGCUUCCCCGCUGGGCUGAUCGCUGAGCAGCUCACCAAGAUAGAGACGGAGCUGUUUGUGCGUCUGGUCCCAUACCACUGCCUGGGCUCCCUGUGGUCUCAGAGAGACAAGAAGGGCCGCGAGGGUGUAUGUUGGUCUGUCCGGGCCACUGUACGCCAGUUCAACCGGCUGGCCAAUGCCGUGAUGGCUUCGUGCCUUUGGCCCACACGGCUCCGCAGCCAGCAGAGAGCCCGCCUCCUAGAGAAAUGGAUCAGCGUGGCAGAGGAAUGCAGAGCCAGGAAAAACUUUUCGUCACUCUACGCCAUCGUGUCUGCCCUGCAGAGUAACCCUGUACACAGACUAAGGAGGACGUGGCUAGACACUGACAGGGAAGCAGUGAGGAGAUACGAGGAGCUGUCCAACAUUUUCUCUGAGAAGGACAACUACUCCCAGAGCAGGGGGCUGCUGAAAGAGGAGGGCACUUCGAAGUUCGCCAACGACAAGAUGAACAACAGGAGACAAAUAGGGUCCAGUGCCCAGGGCACAGUACCCUACCUGGGGAUCUUCCUCACAGACCUCACCAUGCUGGACACAGCUGUGAAAGACAGGCUAGAGAACGGCUACAUCAACUUUGACAAGAGGAGACGAGAGUUUGAGGUUUUAGCUCAGAUCCGACUACUGCAGUCUUCCUGUAAAAACUGUGUUUUCAUCACUGACGAGGCAUUUCUACAGUGGUACCAAAGUGUACCCUCGUUAAAUGAACAAGAAAGUUACAGACUGUCCAAUGAAAUUGAGGUGCCGUGCGAACCGAGCCCUGGUCGUACCCUAAACCCUACAGUGAUCAUCACACAGUACCCAAGCCUGAAUUCCUCCAGGACCAGCCUUGUUGCUGACAGUGACAGUCUUUUUGACUUCCCCUCCCCCGUCUGUCACUUUCUUUCCAAACUCACCAAGCAUAUGAAAUCCCCCUCAGUUUCCUGUCUGGAUGUUGACUCCUCCCCUCCCACCAAUGUCCCCAUCCCCUCUGCAUUGACACCAUCCACUCCCGUCAAAUCACAUCGUCGAUCAAUCUCCUGUGGCAACAAUCCCACCAAUAACAACAAAGGUUCUGGGCCUGAUAUGCGGAUCGUCAGGAUACGGAUGGAUUUACAAGAUGGGAAUAUGUACAGAAGCAUACUGGUGACAAGCAAUGACAAGACGCCCACUGUGAUCAGUUCUGCCUUAGAAAAACACAGUCAGGACCCCAAACAGGCAUCCAGAUAUGAGCUGAUCCAACUAUUGCCCGAGGGGAAAGAGUUGGUCAUCCCUGCCACAGGAAACGUUUUCUAUGCCAUGACUUCCUCUAGUGUGGACUUCCUGCUGCGCAGAAAAGGAGGCAACACCCCUUUUGGCUCUCAACCAAUCAGCACAGAAACCAGUGCCACCUUCCCUCGAAUCAAAGCCAAGGGACGGAGACUGGUCAGAACUCUUUUUUGACAACAGCUCUUUCCCAAAUAGGCUAUAUUCAAGACAUAUUGUAGCUAGUUGUUCUCAAGGACAGGUCAUGAUAAAAAUGCAGGCAGAUAUCGCAAUGAGAUGUGGCCUUGUCUUUCCUAACCUUUUACGAAAGUGGAAACACACAUUCUGACCGAGCUUGUUCUAGCAAAAUGUAUCCUGAAACCUGUCCGAACUUGUUUGAUGAACGACUUCUUACCUGGGACACUUCAAUAAAUAUGCUGCCCAUUUGUGUACACUAGGGAACUCCAUUAGUGUAGAAUGGUGUAUGUCUCUCUUGUUGGCAAUGCAUACUACUGCAAACAUACACCUAGAACAAGACCAAUGCAAACCUUUAACAGAUGGUGAAUGGUGCUGUUUCUUAAGUCUCUCUGACCAUUGGCAUCUAAUUUCCCAUUUAACCAAAUGGAAUAGCCUUGUAACCAAGAGCAACUGAGGAAUCCAAAUCAUCUUGAGCAUUUGAGGAAUGUACCUUAGGUGCCAUCAUAGAGAUGAGUUGAUAGUAGAGAACUUCAUUAAAUCAAAGUAGUUUGGGCGAUAUGACCUCCUGAAUUGACCAUGACCACAACAAAGUUUUACAUUUCUCCAUAGAGAAUGGAUACAAGCAGCAUGAUGACAUAUUAAUUAUGCAAGGCGUUUCAAGAAUAUGAAUUAUGGGGAGAGCACUGGGCUGACAUUAUGACAUAAUGCAUCUGAAUAAGAGUGACAGAGUCACUGAAACCUCUCAUUAUAGCAAAGCACAGGGGCUCAUCAAAAUGUUUUAACUAUGUACUUUGUAUGUAUGUAUGUAUAUGUUUUUUAUGUAUGGACGAUGUCAUGAUUGUGUUUACAUUCACAAGGAGCUAUCAACAAGUGUCAGAAUUACAUGUUAUUCAUUGUGAAGUAACAUGAAAUGUAUGAAAUUGACCCAAAUUGCAACAAUUUCAAAUGGGUCAAGACGUGUCAAAGAUAAACAUGAUAAUUUAACUUGGGUUGGUGCAUACAUAUUGACUAAUAGUUCUGGUAGUAUCUUAUGUAAGAUACAACAACUUUACAUAUACAGCCUUGCCACUCCCAUAUACAGUGAGUGAAAAAAGUAUUUGAUCCCCUGCUGAUUUUGUACGUUUGCCCAAUGACA